AUGGUAGCGAUGAAAUUGCAUCAGAUACUCCUCGCUGGAGGUAUUCGCCCUCUUUUGGCCACAGCCAAUAAUUUGAACUUUGAUUUUCCAUACAACACGUCGAACCCUGUGCCCUUCACCAUCUCGGUGGAUGAAGCGUUCAUCGAAGAAACCCAGUCCAAAGUAAAGCUUUACCGGCUUUCUCCUGACCUUAAGGAUGACAGCAACUACCAGUGGAGUGAGGGACCACCCCAAAAGGAUAUGGCAUGGCUGAAGGAUGAAUGGGCCAACAAUUUCGAUUGGACUGAGGUUCAGAAAGAGAUCAACAACAACUUCUCCCAUUACGCCAUCACCUUGCAAGGCCCUUCAGACUUCAACCAUCCAGUCCCGCUCCAUUUUGUUCACGAGCGUUCGGCAAACCCUGAGGCUAUCCCGUUAUUACUUCUUCAUGGCUGGCCUUCUACUCAUCUUGAGUGGUCCCAAAUUAUCGAGCCCCUUCUAUCCGGCUCCGGCGCCUCUGAUAACACAAGUUUUCACCUUGUCAUCCCAGAUUUACCAGGAUUUGGCUUCAGCCCCGCGCCAGAGUAUUCUGGCCUUGGCCCUGCUCAGAUGGGUUUUGUAUUCGAUGCUCUAAUGAAAUCCUUGGGUUACCAAAAGUAUGGCUUAGUAUCCACUGAUCUUGGCUGGUUGGUGGCAAGCUGGAUGGCAGAUAUAGCUCCCGACAAUAUUAUUGCUCACUUCACCGAUUUCUUUCUCAUGUCUCCAAAUUCCACAGACCUUGAGCGCUUUUCAAAGAACGAAACAACCCAGGAAGAAAGUGAUUUUAUUCGAGCCAUGGAGGUCUGGACUACUACGCGUUUCAGUUAUUCUACAGUUCACCAGCAAGCGCCCCUGGCGAUUGGUCAGGCUAUGGCAGACUCUCCUGUUGGAUUUGCAGGAUGGGUUUGGCAUUUAAGGUACGCAGUUAGCGACGGGUAUAAUUACACAGCCAAGGAACUCAUCAGGGAUACCAUGAUGCUGUGGAUCCAAGGCCCCUGGGGAGGUCUGAGAUUAUACAAGGAAUCCUUCAAGCCGUCGGCAUUUAACUUUCCCCUGACUCACGUUCCGACCGGAGUCUCACAGUGGGCCGCGAACAAUAUCGAUGGUCUUCAUAGUGUCAACUUUGCGCCUAGGGACUGGAUGACCAGAUUGGCAAACGUGGUCAGAGUAUUUCAACAUGAAGCUGGAGGACACUUUCCAGCGGUUAAUGCACCUGAUCUCUGGGUCCAAGAUGUGCGCCAAUUCUUCAAUGGCAUUAUCACCGGUGCCUUCUAG